UUGCUUAUAUAUAGACAACGCUGAGAGCGACCAAAAGCUCAACUAAAUAAAGCGCAGCUUUAAUCCAACAAUAGCAGCAGUUUAGAUCAGAGAUCGUCACAGCUUAUUCACAACUAGAAGCUCAACGGUUGCGGACGAUAACGACGAAUACACCGAAACAACGGUAAAAUGUUGAACUUAAAACAUUUGUUUUUAUUGAGUCUGGUUUAUAUGGCACACGGUACGGAUUCGGAUAUAACAAAAUUUAUGAAGCACCUGGAAGUAAUACCUGAUGUAAUCGCGGAAGGACCAAAAAACUUUUUAAAAGUGCGCUAUGACAGUGGUGUAGUCGCUGAUAAGGGCGUAGAGCUGACGCCGACACAAGUGAAGCACCAACCGAAAGUGGAAUGGAAUCCUGAAACGGCUGAUACUUACUAUACACUGAUCAUGACCGAUCCGGAUGCACCUAGCCGUGCUAAGCCUGAUAUGCGCGAAUGGCAUCAUUGGUUGGUGGUCAAUAUUCCCGGCAAUACUUUGGAGAAGGGUGAAGUUCUAUCGGCAUAUGUUGGUUCUGGCGCACCGAAGGAUACAGGACUGCAUCGUUACGUAUUCUUGCUCUACAAACAACCAAAGAAACUGGAAUUCAGUGAAACUCACCUCACGAAUACAAGUGCAAAGGGUCGUGAGAAAUUUUCAACAAAAAAUUUCGCAGAGAAAUAUGUACUUGGUGUACCAGUGGCUGGAAACUUCUUCCAAGCUCAAUAUGAUGACUAUGUACCAGAAUUGUAUAAGCAAUUAGGAUUUUAAAGUUGCAAUUCAAAUGGUCCAAGUCGAACGAUUAAAGAAGAAAACUUGAUUAGAAAUAGUUUUUUUUUUUGUUUCUUCUAUCGAUUCGAACCGUUAAGCAAGUAUCAAACACAAACAUGCAAAUCUUAUUUUAUGUACAUACUCGACAAUUAUACGUAUAAACAAAUAUACACGUAUGCGUGUAGGUUUAUAUUAUAUUUAGCUGCACAUUUACAUUGAUUAACAGUUUCCAAAGUAGUGCAUAAAUCAUAAUUUGAAUAUUUAUGAAAGUAAGUAAUGAUGAAAGUGAAAACAUAGAUUGGCUGGUUGGAUACAGAGUGCUGGCUUAUUAGACAAGGUCAGCAAGGCGGUAGAUGACUAUUAAUGAGCAAACCAAAGAGUUACUUAAGCGGCUAUUAUUUGCGAAACUGGUUCAUAACGUAAUAGAUCUUAUAAGCCCAUAUACAUAUAUAUGACAUAUGUACAUAUAUUUUUAGUGUAGACAUAUUAUACUAAUUCACUAUCUCCAGAAAAAUAAAAACAAUUUAAAAAACGCAAAA